AUGCAUGACGUUGAUGGGAUUUCGCAAAGGGAUGAAGGAGAAUUCGGUAGCUGUUCGGGAAGGGUUUAUUUAUUUACUGUGCGAUAUCCGCCACUCUUCUUGUAUAUUAUAUCAGUAGGACUCCUGAUAUAUCUUCUUACUGGGAACAUUAACGUGGCUAGCGUGAAUGAAGUUUCUGCUGCAGUAUUCUUUUGUUUUCUUGCUGCCCGUACACUUCGUGGAAGUUUGCAUUUCCUCUGGCGUGAGCGUGGUCGACGAACGUUCUCACGCAUUACGGCUUUUACCACGCUUAGAGCUCCUUCAGCUCUUGGGAGUCGAAGUGCUGUUUAUAUGAUUCUAGCCGAUAUUGUUUUGCUUCCCAUCUUAUUCGCAUUCUCAGCUUUUCACAAUGUUGGCGUCUUCAGGAAAAUUGACAAUAUCAUAUUUUAUAACACUGUAAGUGUUUGGUUUGGUGGAACUCUUGGUGUAAUCAGUUUAUUACUAUCCCUAAUUCAUGGGGUUGUGUUACUGCCUAUGGACCGCAUGGAUCCAUACCGUUUUGUGGGACGAAUGGAACUUAUUCCUCGUAUUAUUGCACCUCUUAGUUCAUUUCUUGGAAUACCAACACUUGCCAUUAUGACUGCCGCAAUACCAUGUGAAGGGGAGAUGAUGCGCUUUCUUGGGCAACAUUCAUGUUUGUCAUCCUUACACCGAUGGUGUGUAGGUAUUGCAUAUGUGAUGUUAUUAUUUUAUUCUCUCUUACAGGAUGUUGCGUUAAGCUCAUUUGCCCGAUGUGGUAAUGCACGAAGUGAUGAAAGACGUUGUGAUGGUUUAAUGUUGCAACUGAUGCUCUUUCAUCGUCUCAUUUAUCUCUUGAUCGCCUCUCUAGCAAGAAACCCUAUUUGGUAUCUCAUUGCUGCUUUCAUUUCUGCUUUGAUUUUUAUUAAGGUCAUGAAAACCCCAUUUGCCGCAUCAAAGGUUAUGGAUGAUUUGACGAAAGCCUCAUUGUUGCUUUGUUUUGUGAGCUCUUUUUCUUGUUCACUGUUGCUUGUAUUUCACCCCGCACUUACCUCUUGGAUUUGGUUUUCUCUCUGGAUUCUCUCGAGCGGUUUCCUUCUUGCCGCAUUCGCAUAUGAAUAUGGCCUUCAAAUAUUUGAAAGUGGGGAUGAUAUCUGGGUCUUUGACAUUUAG